UGAUCAGCUGCAUAGCAUGCCGCCGAACCUGUGCGGAAGCCUGCAGGCACGGCCCUUGCCUCCUCCUUUCCCUCUUCAACGACCGCGCCCAUCAGGCCUCUCCCCCGUCCUUCCACCAACGCCCUCCCUCCAAAAACCCUCUCCCAAGUUCGUCGAAGGCGAUCACGAUGUUCAACGCGUUCAUCACCCUGUUCGUGGCUGCCGUUGCCCUCCCCUGGGUCCUCGCGCAGGAGCAAGUGCCCAUCUACAUCCCCUUCGAGUGGAGCAGAGUACCUAGGACUGCCUCUGUAAUCGGCUCGUCAGGAGCGACGACGACGUACGCCCUGAUUGAUGGUCCUGGAACGGGUCGUGUCACCCCCGGCCCAGGCACCCUCGUCCAAGGGCCCGAUGGAGCCUCGAUGUUCUACGUCAACUCAGCUGCUGCAGCCACCCCCACCCUUUCUGGUGUUUGCAACCUCGUCAGCCCCGUCGCCGUCUGCACACUCAACGUCUUCGAGACGGGUGCAGCCCUGCCAGGAGGCGCCUCCACGUCCUCGGGGCGAACGACAUCGACGAACACUGCCGGAAGCGGCAGUGGCGGUACCAGCGCCGCGACGACCAGCUCGACAGGCACGGUCCUCAUGAUGACGACCGUUGCUCUCGGCUUCUGCGUCUCGCUUGCCUUCCUUCGGUAAA